UUAUUUGAUGUGGAACUCGUAACAAAAACUUCGACUAAAACAGAUGUGAGCGGAAAAUCUAACCAUUUGUGUCCACAACAAUAUUAUUACUAUAAACAAAUAGAGAAAAACUACUACAACAUUUUCUCAACAUAUUCUAAGAAUCUUCUCUUUAUCUCUUUUGUUAUAAGCUACAAAAUUCUAUAUUAUUAUUGUUGUCUCACUUUAUAUAAUUACUUUCUGAUUUACAUGCCUACAGCAACUGCAACUGCAAGUUCCUGAGCUGAAAAAGUACCACUUGUCAACAACAACUACUUUCUUACUGUUGUCAACAUGUGUGUGCAAGAGGGUGAACAAGUUGAUCAAGAUAACAAUAUGGAAGAACUUGAUAAUAGAAGAAUUUCAUGGCCUUUGCAUUGUGAUCUCUUACAUACCCAGAUGGAUAAUUCAGAAAAAGACUCUUCUUUUAGAAUUUCUAGUGACCAUAUUAGUGCUGUUAAUUCAUUUCCUCUGGAAAGCAUUUGUGAGGAUUCAGAGAUUGCAGACAAAAAACAGAACCUGAUAAAUUUCGUCCCUAUGCUUCGGUCGGGGGAGUGGUCUGAUAUUGGAGGUCGACCUUAUAUGGAGGAUACUCACAUAUGCAUUGGAGACUUGGCAAAGAAAUUUGGUUAUAAUGUAAUCAGCGACGAAGCUAUUUCCUUUUAUGGUGUAUUUGAUGGACAUGGUGGGAAGAGUGCUGCACAAUUUGUUCGCGAUCAUCUGCCGAGGGUGAUUGUUGAGGAUGCUGACUUCCCUCUUGAACUUGAGAAGGUGGUAACAAGGUCAUUUUUGGAGACUGAUUCAGAGUUUGCAAAAACAUGCUCUAUUGACUCUUCUCUAUCUUCUGGUACAACUGCAUUGACUGCAAUUAUAUUUGGAAGGUCUUUACUUGUGGCCAAUGCCGGGGACUGCCGCGCUGUUUUGUCCCGAGGCGGAUCAGCUAUAGAAAUGUCCAAAGAUCACAGGCCAUUAUGCAUGAAAGAAAGAAUGAGGAUUGAGUCGCUUGGUGGAUUUGUUGACGAUGGUUACUUGAAUGGACAGUUAGGUGUCACGCGUGCUCUAGGCAACUGGCAUCUCGAAGGAAUGAAGGAAAUGAGUGGAAGAGGUGGACCUUUGAGUGCUGAACCAGAACUUAAAUUGACGACAUUGACAAAAGGUGACGAGUUUUUGAUAAUUGGUAGUGAUGGAAUAUGGGAUGUUUUUCGUAGCCAAAAUGCCGUAGAUUUUGCUAGGAGGAAGCUUCAACAGCAUAACGAUGUGAAACAAUGUUGCAAGGAAAUAAUAGGAGAAGCAAUAAAGAGAGGCGCGACAGAUAAUUUAACUGUUGUAAUGGUUUGUUUUCAAUCAAAUCCACCACCACCUUUGGUUGUUGAAAGGCCUAGAGUCAGAAGAAGCAUAUCUGCUGAGGGACUUCAGAAUCUUAAAUGCCUUUUAGAAGGAUAGAUUAUUCUUCUCUGCAAUACCUUAUUUUUUGGUGAGCUGUGAUUAUGUACAUACAUUUAUCUAUGGUUUUAACUUGUGCUGGUCAGUGAUCACUGGUGGGGUAGAGAAAAUAAUGCACUGAGGUGCUAAAUUCAAAUAAAAUUUAUACUAUUGUAUGAUUGUUUAUCCCAUUGUUAAUGGGAAAGAAAGACAUUAACUAGGUAUAUCAUGGACAAUGUGAUUGAAGCACGUAAUAUUAUUAAUUGUAAUUUAUAUUUAUGGUUUA